AUGGUUUCUUGGAUAAUGUCAUGGUCUCAAGCGGUCCUGGCUGAUCUCGGCUACAUUUCUGAGCUUGAAUUAUUUGCACCCGAUACGCUUACAACCCGAAAGAAAGCUCCCUUAAUAGCACCUGAAGUGGUAGCAGGUGGGUCUGCUACUGAAAUAAGCGAUGUUUUCGCUUUCGGGAAAACUGCUUUCCAGAUCUUGACAGGUGUGGCUCCCUCCAAGCCCCAUGUCUGGCCGCAGCGGGGUCCCUACAGAUGCGCGAAGACACUUCCUGGUAUCUUAGACGCUCAACGACUUGCACUGUCUAGCAAGAUAGAUACCUUAAGGUCUAAGUCCAACUAUUCGAACACUCGAGAACUCAACUCUAAUUGCACAAACGCGGAGCCUUCUUAUGUCACUCAUGGAUUUUUCAGAAGAACGCCUGAAAUCCUACCGAGGACUUUGCCUGCCUUUCGGGCAGUUGGCUAUACAUCAUACUCAUUGGUUGACGAUACCGUCGAAUUGUAUAUUCUUGCACAAUACGCCGGAAACAAAAUGGUUUCUUCUGACCCUCGCGCAGACUGGUUGCUUGUUUACGAAGCUGCCUCGAGACGACUAGUGGAUAAUUUCGAGAUUCUCAGGACAGUCUCAGCCUGUGAUACUUAUGUAAAACUCAUAUUCUGGGAAAUCACUCAUGAGGUCAUGUGGGCUUCACGCAUUCUUACCUGCCAACGUCUUGUGGUGCUUCAAAAUUGCGUAAGUGGACAAUACCUCUCUGGACACCGUAACCUCCAACUUCUCGGUUGUGUGCUGAGCUGUCAAGAGUUCAAAUCGGAAGACCCGAAACCUGCCGAAUUCCUAGGUCCACUGGAGGAUUAUCCCAAAUCGACAGCAAUGGAAAGAGAAGAAUCGCUGUUACCCAAGCAAGAAAGAGAGAUCCUCGCGCUGGUGCGAGGAGAGGAUCUUAUGGCUUAUCAUGAAAUAUUACAGGAUGCUUGGGAUAUCUGUUCAGCGCAUAUUAUUGAGUAUGAAUCUGGCUUUGGGGGAUCCCAAUUUCCCAGCCUUGAUAAACAAGCUCUUGUAUCGACAACCAUACUAACGGAAGAUGACCAAGAAGCUACGGGAUUAAUGAGCAAUAUCCCAGACAAGGCUUCGGCCAUGAUCCCGAUAGAUCCAGGCUUUAAAUCCUGUACAACGAAGGAUCAGUCUCCCGAAUCCCCUCCGCCUCAAGCGCGCUCUCCUGGGGAAACAGCUCUCGAUGAGGGCCUUUGCGAGACCGACGAGGCAAAGCAAAAGGCAAAGGCUAUUCAAGAGAUGUGGGGGAGUUUAUGGCAACAGCAAGAACCGUCUACUCGACCAGGAACAUCAUCCACAGCACCCAUGGCAUGGCAAUCCGCAGUACCGAUGGCAUGGCGCAUCGCCACUGCCCCUGACGAUACGAAGGAUGACGCACAUUCUGGCGUACCACUUUCUUGUCAUACUCCGUCUGCGCGGUGGGUUAAUUAG